AUGUCUUUGUUCAAAGCGCGAGACUGGUGGUCCACCGUGCUUGGGGAAAACGAAGAGUUCGACCAAGGCUGCCUCUGUGUUGCUGAUGUUGAUAACAGUGGGCAAGAUAAAAUUAUUGUGGGCAGUUAUAUGGGAUAUCUCCGAAUCUUUAGUCCACAUCCUGUGAAACCUGGGGAUGGCUUCCAAGCUGAAGACCAGCUCUUGGAAGUGCAGUUUCGAGAACCGAUCCUGCAGGUGGAAGUGGGAAAGUUUGUUUCUGGUACAGAAGUGCUUCACCUGGCUGUUUUGCACUGCAGAAAACUCUGUGUGUAUGCUGUUUCAGGAACGCUGGGAAAUGUGGAACAUGGGAAUCAGUAUCAGAUUAAACUGAUGUAUGAGCACAAUCUUCAGCGAACUGCUUGUAAUAUGACUUAUGGACCAUUUGGUGGUGUAAAAGGUCGAGACUUGAUAUGUAUACAGUCCAUGGAUGGGAUGCUCAUGUUAUUUGAGCAGGAAAGUUAUGCUUUCGGACGAUUUUUACCUGGUUUUCUUCUACCUGGUCCUUUAACUUACAGUUCUCGGACAGAUUCUUUCAUUACAGUGUCUUCAUGUCGCCAGGUUGAGAGUUACAAAUACCAAGUGCUGGCAUUUGCAACAGAUGCUGAUGAAAGACAAGAAACAGAACAACAAAAACUUGGUUCUGGAAAAAGACUCGUGGUGGAUUGGGUUUUAAACAUCGGAGAGCAAGCACUGGAUAUAUGUGUUGUGUCCUUUAACCAGGCGGUUUCUUCGGUUUUUGUGCUUGGUGAGAGAAACUUCUUUUGCCUUAAGGAUAAUGGGCAAAUCCGAUUCAUGAAAAAGCUUGAUUGCAACCCAAGUUGUUUCAUUCCUUAUUGCUCAGUGACAGAAGGAACAAUAAACACCCUUGUUGGAAACCAUAGUAGCAUGUUGCAUGUUUAUCAAGAUGUGACGCUGAAAUGGGCUGCUCAACUUCCUCACAUUCCUGUAUCAGUUAAAGUAGCAAAUUUUCAAGAUCUGAGGGGUGUAAUAGUAACUCUGAGUGACAGUGGGCAUCUUCAGUGUUCCUACCUGGGAACUGAUCCUUCACUGUUCCAGGCGCCCAAGAUUGAAUCUAGGGAAAUAAACUAUGAAGAACUUGAUGCUGAAAUGAAAAAACUUCAGAAAAUCAUCAAGGAAGCCACAAAAACACAAGAUAUCUUGCCCAACUCUGAAAGAGAGAGAGAUGUAAUCGUCAUUGCAGACGUUUCACCUGAGUUGGAUGCAGAAUCUCAAGCCAUUGACAGUGAGGUAAAAGCAGAGGCAGUUCCAUCAGUCACAGUGAAGGUACUGUGCCUAACUCAGACUGUAGCACUGAAUUGGUGGCAAAUGUUAACAAACCUGCCUUACUUGUCAAUUUGUCAACUUAAACUCGUGCUUUUUAUGGAUUUUUUUAGGUUUUCCUUUUUGCAACCCAGAAGCGGAAAAAGUAGGAUACUGUCUUAAUGCCUCCCUUCGUUUCCUAUUAUGCAUAUGGAAGAUGAAUCUGUAUUUUUUUUUUUUUUUUUUUUAGGAGUAAUAAAAGUUGCACAGUGUAAAUUCAGGCUACCUUUGCGGUUAAUUUGUUUACCAACACAACCUUCAAAAACAGCAAACCACAAGCUAACUAUUGACACCAAUAAACCUCCCGUCAGCCUUCUCACCAUUUUUCCAGACUUUGCUAACCGAUCUGAAGAGGACCAAUCUAAUGCUCUCGGAUUUCAGUUUUUAACUGGCUCAAAAAUCACUCUUCUUGCUUCUAAAACAUCACAACGAUACAGAAUCCAGAGUGAUCAGUUAGAAGAUCUUUGGCUAAUAUCAAAAGAACUCACACUUAGACUUGAAGAACAUUUCAAGAAGGAAAAUUGCAAAGACUUUACAUGUACCUUUUCCGGUUCGAUUCCCCUGCAAGAAUAUUUUGAACUAAUUGAUCGACAUUUUGAGCUACGUUUGAAUGCUGAAAAGCUUAAGGAGAUGUUAUCCGAAAGGGCUGUCCAGUUUAGAGCUAUUGAGCGGCGACUACUGACACGAUUUAAAGAUAAAACUCCUGCUCCUCUUCAACAUCUGGACACCUUGCUGGAAGGAACGUUCAGAGAGGUAAUAGCUCUAGCAGAUGCAGUAGAGGAAAACCAAGCCAAUGUGUUCCAGGCAUUUACGAAGUUGAAAAGUGCCACCCAUCUGGUGGUUAUGCUGAUUAGUCUGUGGCAGAAGCUCAGCGCUGAUCAAAUUGCUGUUCUGGAAGCUACAUUUUUGCCAUUAGCACAAGAUACAGAAGACCUGGGCUGGGAAGAAACUGUGGAUGCUGCCAUUUCUUACUUACUAAGAACUUGUUUGUCCAAGAGCUCUAAGGAGCAGGCCAUGACUCUCACCAGCGAGUUGUGCAUACCUAAAGAUACUAGUAGGCUGAAGAAACAUAUCACUGUCCUCUGUGAAAGAUUGGCCAAAGGUGGUCGCCUUUCCUUAAGUACAGAGACAACCACUCCACAAACUGCCGGCAUGCCAAGUGGCUGUACUACAAUCCCAGAGUCGGACUUAGAGGAGGGAACAAUUGUACCGGGCACCGGAGCAACCUUUACCAACCACAGGCACAUCGCAAAGCAGAAAUCCAAGCCUGGAUACAAUCAUGAUAAAAUUCCAUCUUCAGACGACUGAAUGGAUGAAGAACGUACUGUAAUCAGUCCUUUGCUGCUCCAUUCUUCUGAUCAAUAAAGAGGAGCACGGAUUUC